UCAUUUGGCGAGCAACGCUGUGUUGUCUUCCGAAUUAAAAAUCAGGUUCAAGUGCUUCUUCUACCUCGACAACAUUCUUGAUCGAAGCGGACCUCAUGCAGCUCUUCCUCCUCCAUGCCACCACUCGCUCGAUCCUAAGCGCCGUGGGAAAACGAUGGAUCCGUGCUUGCCGACUCCAGCCGCCAUUACUACUUUAACUGACGUUGAAAUUUUGGGUUCGGGUAGAAGCAUUCCGACGUAGAGACCAUGCAGCGUUCAUGGCUAUUUAUUGGUUUCAGCGUCUCUCACCACCGCCCUGCCUCACGGUUAGUCGUUGAGCUUUCAUGGCUUCCCCUUCGAGCGUGCCCAGAUGGACUCCAAGUCCAAGCCCAGGCCGGCCGCGAGCCAUCGCCGACGAUGGCUUCAGCUCCGGCGGCGACGAUGUCAUCUUUCCGUUCGGUGACAUUCCCACUCCACCACCUCUGGUGAACCGGAGUCCUCGUCACGACGUCCAGCACGUAACAGAGGAGGUAGGAAACGGAAGCCUUGUGGGCCACGGGGUUUUCCGUGACGCCGGCGAGAGCAAACAAGGCGUUUUCCUCACCUGGGAAAAUCUGUGGGUAUCGGCGUCGGAUCGCAAAGGGAGGCGUGCUUCGAUCCUUCGUGGGAUCACUGGGUACGCCCGUCCUGGCGAGGUCUUGGCCAUAAUGGGACCUUCCGGUUGCGGCAAGUCCACCCUUCUCGAUGCAUUAGCAGGACGAUUGGGAUCUGGAGUGAGUCAAAAAGGAGAAAUCUUGAUCAAUGCCCAGAAGCAGAAACUCGCCUUCGGGGCCUCGGUACAGAGCUUUAAUCGAAGCCUUAUGUUCUUUGUUCUUCCAUCUCAGUUCUUAGACCAUUCCGGUGAAGUGCUGUUCCUCCCUCAGGCUUAUGUCACCCAAGAAGAUGUGCUCAUGACCACGCUAACGGUACGAGAGGCCGUGUACUACUCGGCGCAGCUGCAGCUGCCGGACUCCAUGACGAGGUCCGAGAAGAGGGAGAGAGCGGAGGCGACGAUGCGGGAGAUGGGGCUGGAAGACGCCGCGGACACGAGAAUCGGAGGAUGGGCCUUCAAGGGCAUCAGCGGCGGCCAGAAGAGGAGAGUCAGCAUCUGCAUCGAGCUCCUGACGCGCCCUCAGCUGCUGUACCUCGACGAGCCCACGAGCGGGCUCGAUAGCGCUGCGUCGUACCAUGUCAUGAGCCGCAUCGCGAGGCUCGCUCGACGCGAGAUUAUGACGGUGGUGGCGGCCGUUCACCAGCCGAGCAGCGAGGUGUUCGACCUCUUCCAUGGCCUCUGCCUCCUGGCCUACGGCGAGACCGUCUUCUUCGGCCCAGCUUCCACUGCUAAUGAGUUCUUUGCUGUGCACGCCUUCCCCUGUCCUCCGCUGACAAAUCCUUCCGAUCACUAUCUUAGGACGAUCAACAAAGAUUUCGACACGGAUCUCGAACAAGAUCCUGAGUCCAAGACAAGAACCAGCACUGCCGAAGCAAUCGAGAUCCUCGUGAAGUCUUACAGCUCUUCGGAUACCCUGCAGCGUGUCACACGAGAAAUAGCGGGGAUACAUGAUUUGGUAAUCGAAAUGUUGAUUAAACCUGGUUCAUGUCCGAUUUGCGGAGCAUGUGAACUCCAUGGCUUUUGCUUGCAGGGAGGAGCCUCGGUGAAGAGGAGGAACCAAGCGAGCUUCCUCGUUCAAACGCUUGUGCUCACGAGACGAUCCUUCGUGAACAUGUACAGGGACUUGGGCUACUACUGGCUGCGAUUUGCCAUCUACAUCGCGCUUUGCCUCUGCGUGGGCACAAUUUACUUUGAUGUUGGCCACGGUUUUGGCUCGAUUCAAGUAAUGUCCACUCCUCGACAAGCGUGUUUAAGAACCUAUAAGCUCAUGGUCAUUCCCUCGUACAUGUUGCAGGCGAAAGGGUCCAUGCUCAUGUUCACAGCUGCUUUCCUAACCUUCAUGGCGAUUGGAGGCUUCCCCUCUUUCGUAGAAGACAUGAAGGUUGGUUCAAAUCCUUCCUCCACAAGCCACUCAGCCUUGAGAUCACAGUGCUCACACUUGGUUCUUUUGGGAUUCAAACAAGAUCUUUGGAAGAGAAAGACUGAACGGGCACUACGGCGUGACUGCCUUCACCGUUGCGAACACGCUCUCCGCCACCCCGUACUUGGCUCUCAUCUCCGUGAUCCCGGGGGCCAUGGCCUACUACUUGGUCGGCCUGCAGAGGGGGGCGGGCCACUUCAUCUACUUCGCUCUCGUGCUGUUCAUGUGCAUGAUGCUGGUGGAGGGGUUGAUGAUGAUGGUGGCGAGCGUCGUCCCGGACUUUCUCAUGGGCAUUAUUACCGGGGCAGGAAUCCAAGGCGUAAUGAUGCUCAACGGGGGCUUCUGCCCGGCCCGGUAUGGCGCUACCCCAUGUACUACGUUGCCUUCCACAAGUACGCCAACCAGGGAUUCUACAAGAACGAGUUCUUGGGGUUGACCUUUCCCAAUGAGCAAGCCAGAGGGCCGCCCACCGUCACCGGAGAAUAGAUCUUGAGAGACAUUUGGCAAGUCGAGAUGGGCUACUCCAAGUGGAUCGAUCUUGCCAUCUUGCUUGGCAUGGUUGUGCUCUACAGGUUAACGUUCUUAGUCACCCUGAAGAUUCUGGAGACGGUCAAAUCCAUGGCUUGACCUUCAAAAUCCAUCUCCAUAAAUGGUUGAACAACAAACAAAAUAAUAACGGGAAAAAGGAAAAACAAGUGAUCAAAUGAAGAGAAUAUUCUGAUACACGUGGCAUGCAUGAGGGGCCACAUGAAUAAUUCAACUGUCGACGCAUUAUUGGUCUGCCAUAUGCACUGAUUGAAUCUUUAAGCUCGUACACGUCACGUGCACUCCAAUUAUGUAGCUGCCUCCACGCAAUUCACGCUGCUCGGAAUUGGCUCGCAAAGUCACAUGAAGGGAUUUUGUUGCAUAUGAGUUGUACGUCAAUUUCAUGUAUCCAUCAUCAAAACGUUCAAGAAUA